AGUAAUGCUAAUAAGCAGUAGGCAAUGUUUCUGAGUUUAUAACUUUCGAGUCUAUCUGGUAUUCAUUAUUCUAGUUAGUCGUUUGCGAUUUUUGCUACGUGAAGCGGCUACAGUGUAAUUGUUUAAUUCAAGAGUUUAAUCUUAAUUUAUUUUUGUUUUAGACUUAACUUUAACUUUUUCUUCAAGUAAAAUAUUACUGUUUUUUGUACGUUGCUUAACAUUUAUUACUUUAACAUUUAUAAACAUUCCUAAAAAUGGAUAGUAACGAUGUUAUUGAUGAAGAUCAACUUGAACCUUCUUUACAAAACGUAAUCAGCCAGAGUAGUUUAAAAUGGAUUUUCGUCGGUGGAAAAGGAGGUGUUGGUAAAACUACUUGCAGUUGUAGUCUAGCUAUUCAAUUAGCUAAAGUUCGUGAAUCAGUACUUCUACUAUCAACUGAUCCAGCACACAACAUAUCUGAUGCUUUUGGACAACGAUUCACCAAAGCACCUACUAAAGUUGAAGGUUUCAAUAAUUUAUUUGCUAUGGAAGUUGACCCUGAUGUUCACAGUGAAAAUGAAAAUUUAUUUGGAGGUGAUGAUGAAUCUGAUACAAUGCGGUUUGGUAAAAGUAUUUUACAAGACAUUAUAGGAGCAUUUCCAGGUAUUGAUGAGUCGAUGAGUUAUGCUCAAGUAAUGAAGUUGGUUAAAAGUAUGAACUUUUCAGUUGUUGUAUUUGACACAGCUCCUACAGGACAUACUUUGAGAUUAUUAACAUUUCCUUUGAUGAUGGAAAAAGCUAUAGGAAAAAUUUUGGAAUUGAAAAAUAGAAUAGGCCCUUACCUAAAUCAAAUGAGUAUGCUUUUUGGAGCUGGUGUUAAUGUAGAUGAUAUUUCACAAAAACUUGAAGAAAUGUUAGCUACUAUCAAAACAGUUAAUCAACAAUUCAGAAAUCCUGAUCAAACCACAUUUGUUUGUGUAUGUAUUGCUGAAUUUUUGUCAUUAUAUGAAACGGAAAGGCUUAUCCAAGAACUAACCAAAAAUGAAAUUGACACCCAUAAUAUUAUUGUUAAUCAAUUGUACAUUAACAAUGGAGAUUCAGAUCCUAGUUGUAAAAAGUGUUCUUCCAGGCGAGCAUUACAGCGCACCUAUCUAGAACAAAUAAAUGAUUUGUAUCUUGAUUUCCACGUUACUAAGCUUCCAUUGUUAGAAAAAGAAGUACGAGGUGUUACUGAUAUAUCAGAAUUCUCUAAGUAUUUAUUGGACCCAAAUUAUGCUUUUAAUAAAAAUAAAUAGAAAACAUUGUUCUAUAAAUAUAUUUAGUUUAAACAUCAUUUGUUUAUAAUUGUAAUAUGUACAUCAAUAAAAUUU